CUUCAAGUAGGUCCUCAGCUGGCCAAACAACCUUUCCAGAUCCCCUUCCACCCCGAGGAGUUUUGUCCUCCUUCUCUGGAGUAUGUGUUGCCUCGUUUAGAACGAAGUCCUCUUUGUCAUUCGUGUACCCAUGCGAUGCCACAUGGAAUUCCCGCUCCACCUGAUCGUCGGCUUUGAAGGCGAAGGUGCCAUGCCAGCCUUUGGGGUCUUUGACAUGUCGGAUCUGAGUCAUGGUCUAGUUAGCACUCGACAAUAUAUAACUAGUGUCUAUGGCCAAGAGGAGCAAGUUUUUGGUCUCGAGCUGUCGCAUAGGCCAGGGCGACCAGAGUUUUUUUUUGACUUGAACUGAUCGUGUUGCCGGCAUAGAAAAAGUAUCUGACAAACUUGGCGCCCCCUCUAGUAGCCAUAUUUUCAAGAAGCAACAAUGUAGGAGCAGACACCACUAGCAAGAGUCCAAAUGUUUUAUAUUUGAUUGUAGGGAUUAUGAAGAGAGGGCCAUCGCGCUCUUCUUAUAUUUUUAUCUUUACCCUGUAAAGAGCGGGGGAAAGUACUGGCCCUGUUCACCAUCCACCCAUCACCACUUCGACUUAUCAUGGCAUGUUACUCUAAAAGAACCGCUUCUUCUAUCCUUGUUUUCUGGGCAUCGAAGUCCCUUCAACUCUCGACUCCAUUGUCACGUCCACCAUCCAUUUGCCGCUCUCGGAAGGUUGAGUUGAGCUUCUCAUCUUCUUAUUCAUCAACGGUAAUGUCGCGCGGGGAAGAAGAUGGAAGGGAGCAUCGCUUCGCCUACAACUGGAUCGACGGUGCAGAGUCACUCAAAAGGUACAAACCUGGGGGUUAUCAUCCUAUCAUGAUUGGGGAUAUGCUACACGAGCGAUACCGCAUCGUGGACAAGCUGGGUUUCGGAGGCUAUUCAACUGUUUGGCUAGCCCAAGACACUCAUCUGAAGCGCUACGUUGCUGUCAAAGUUGGCAUAGCAAACUCGCUUCCGCAUGAGACUAAGAUCCUGCAAGCUCUUUCCGCGCCACUACCGUUGUCUUCGUUCCUACAUCCAGGGCGCAAUUCAAUUCCUUUCAUCCUAGAUGAAUUCAAGCUACACGGUCCCAAUGGAACUCAUCCAUGCUACACAAUGACCCCCGCACGAUGCAAUCUCAGAGAGGUCUCUUUUAGCCGCCUGUUUCCUCUUGAAGUUACGCGGGCGCUGUCGGGUGGCCUCGCAGUAGCUAUUGCAUAUUUGCAUUCACGAGGCUAUGUCCAUGGAGAUAUCCACCUUCGCAACAUCUUAGUUAAACUCUCAUCAAGUUUCGAUCAGCUCUCGAUCGAACAGUUAUAUGAAGAAUAUGACAAGCCUGAGACAGUCCCCAUUAUGGAGUGCAAUGGCAAAUCGCUUCCACCCAGUGUUCCAGCAAAGGCAGUGAUCCCACUCCGCCUUGGGAAAAAUGCAGAAGAAUUCUCACUGUCUGACGCGCGUGUGCUUCUUAGUGACUUUGGCGAGGCAUUUGCCCCAGCCUUGGAGGUUCGUCGCGGGGAAGACUGCCACACGCCGUUGGCUAUGCGGGCCCCAGAAGCCCGAUUCGAGCCGCAUGCCCCGCUGUCAUUUUCAGCAGACAUUUGGAGCCUGGCCAUAACAAUCUGGGAGAUUCUUGGCAUGAAGGCCAUUUUCAGUAGCGAAUUCGCGACUGUGGAUGACAUAAUCUCUCAGCAAAUUGAUGUGCUGGGACCAAUUCCCUCAAAGUGGUGGGAGCGAUGGGACGAACGGAGUCAAUUCUUCAACCAGGAUGGACGUCCGAAAGAAUGCCGGGAUGUGUGGCCUCCAAUUGAUGAAGCAUUUGAGGAAGGCGUGCAGAAGUAUCGAUGGAAGCGUCGAGUAGGUGAGUUUGGUCGGGAGGAAACGGUUGCUCUCCUAGAAUUGAUGCGUCAAAUGCUGGCAUUCCAGCCAGAAGAGCGACCAACAGCCGAAGAGGUCCUCAAGUCAGAGUGGAUGGUCAAGUGGGUGUUGCCUGAUUUUAAGCGCAGUUUGUAGAUAGGCCAAGCUCUCCAAGCAGGGUAGAAAAGGCCCAACAAUGCA